GAAAGUUUGGCUUCCAGUGAGAGGUACUUCUUGGUAGAAGCAGGUUUGCAGAGAAGCUUAUCUUCGCUCCAGCUGCAAUUAUGGAAAAUAACCAUUACUUCAACAGUCAACAAGUGCUUUGUAAAGAUGUUGAGCUGGGGAAAGAGAAGGCAAGAAAGGCCAGGUAUCGUGCUUACCAGUGCGCCGCCAUCACCCUGAGUGUGGUAUUCCUGAUAUUGGCCCUCUGUAUCUUCAGUCUGAGAUAUAUAUGGAGUCCAAACCCUGGGAAGGUUUAUGAUCAUCAGUAUAAAGCCGUACUAGAUGGAAUGGAGACAGAGAGCAUGAUGGAAAUCUAUCCAGCGCAACGCAUCGAGAUGUUCAGGAUGGGAAACGGCACCGACGAGGUCCUAGAAGUGCAUGACUUCAAAAAUGGCAUCACGGGCAUUCGUUUUGCCAAGCACCAGAGAUGCUACAUCAGAGCUCAAACCAAGGAGCUGCCAAAGCUGGACUCAAAGAACAUCGACAUAGAGAUGAGUGAGACAGGUGAAGUGGAUAUGCAGAUGGUGGACUCUCAGAUAUGGAUCCCUACUGAAGAACCAGUCUCCAACAAAACAUUUCUGUUGAAUUCCAAGAUCUUGGAGAUUUGCCAAGAUCUGCCCAUCCACUGGAUCCACCCAUCUCCUCUCAGAGACGAUGAAUUCCACGAUGUCGAGGACGUGGAGGAGACAGCCGAGCUGGAGGCGAGAGGUUUACGCCAGGCCCGGGACAUCACGGACCACUUACCAGUGAAUGACUAUAGAGAAGCAGGGAUGGAGCUGGACAACAGCCUAGAUGAGCAGGGCUACUGCUGCCAGUACUGUCGUCGUGGGUACCGUUACUGUCGGCGAUACCACGAGCCCCUGGGCGGCUUUUGGCCAUAUCCCUACUAUUACCAGGGAGGAAGGGUCAUCUGUCAGAUUGUCAUGCCCUGCAACUGGUGGAUAGCAAGAAUGCUGGGACGAAUUUGAGGAUGCCGUUGGGAACCAGAGGUGCUAUGCUGCUCAGGGGUACGCGUAGACCAGCUUCAUUUGUACGAAAUGUCACAUAUACUCGCCAAACCUUUUCCAUUCUUUGUGUAAAAAAAAGUCUUUUCAAAUAAGGCAAAACAUUAGCUCAUCCUCGGUGACCACGUCACUGUCAUACUUAUAUAGGUAGUCCAUAGAUAAGCAUCAAGAUUUUAAUUUAAACUGUUUAUAGAUGCAUAAGGGAAACUGUACUUUUUUAGGUGCUAUUUUUCACAGUUUCACCUUAUGCCUUCAUUAGUUUAAUUUGUGGUCCUUCAAAUACAUUUUUAAUAAUACAAAAAUCACAGAAUUAUUUUCAACAGCAUUUUGCUUGUAAUUAUUAUUAUGCAUGCCAUUUUUAUGACCGUACUGAUUUGAAACCACAUGGAAUAUUAGCCUCUCAAUUAAUAUGGUUUCAAAAAACUCUUAUUACACAAUUAACUGUUUAAAGCAGAGUUAGGUGCAGUCUCAUGUCAAUGGAGGACGUAUUUCAUGUCAACUACCCAUAUGUAUACGGAUGCUUUCUGUACGACUUAUGCUUUUCGAUUCUUUUCUCUGUCCAUGACUUGAUAUUGAUGCUAGAAGUAAAAGAGAAACAGGUGCUUUGUAAAUGGUCAGUUACUGUACUCUACAUAUUCCAUGCAGACCUUUCAAAACAACAGUGUAGGCGAGACGUUGUGAUUUAAUUAACAUUGAUUUCGUUUGAUUUUGUUAGUUCUGCAUGACAUGAUCGUUCCAAUUGGCCCUUUGUUUGUCAUGUUUCUAGUGGAUGAGAGGCAUUAUAAGAAACCAGGUUAACAAAUAAAUUCACAGUAAUUUGCAUGUUUAUAUUAUGAACUAUUGUGUUUAAUGUAUUUACGCUUAAGCAAGUCCCUGUAGAACUUUGAAAAUUAGCCUUUUUAAAAGCUGUUAUGUGAAUUUAGUGCAGUGUAUAACUACACUGUACACAUAUCACGCGGCUAUAUUUAAGUAGUGACAUUGCUAGCACCAUAAUUGCAGGUCUGGGACUGUUUCAAUCAAUUCUUUCAUCCAAGCAAAUGUGUGCUCUAUAAAUUGCAUUUACGUAAUCCAAUGCUCUUUUGUGUUUUUCCAGCAACUUCCCUCUGAAUAAAACUGGUAAAAGUUU